GCAGGCCACUUCAAACCCUCAAAGAAAAGUGAAAUUUUAUAUUAAAUUUUGCACAAACUACAACACAAUAAUUAAUUACAAAUGUUUAACACCAUGCGAGAAGACGAUAUAGAAUUUGCCAUUAAGGUGGUCAUUGUGGGCAAUGGCGGUGUAGGUAAAUCUUCCAUGAUACAACGAUACUGUAAGGGUAUCUUUACAAAAGAUUACAAAAAAACCAUAGGUGUGGAUUUCCUAGAGCGACAAAUCGAAAUCGAUGGUGAAGAUGUACGCAUUAUGCUGUGGGAUACAGCGGGUCAAGAAGAAUUCGAUGCCAUCACCAAAGCCUACUAUCGUGGUGCUCAAGCCUGCGUCUUAACCUUCUCCACCACAGAUCGAGCCUCUUUCGAAGCCGUGCGUGACUGGAAGCGUAAGGUGGAGAAUGAAUGUCAAGAAAUACCCACAGUCAUAGUUCAAAAUAAAAUUGAUCUUAUCGAUCAGGCGGUAGUGACAGCCGAUGAAGUGGAGUCUCUGGCCCAACAAUUGAAUUGCCGGCUUAUAAGGACCUCGGUAAAGGAGGAUGUAAAUGUGGCAUCGGUAUUUCGUUACUUGGCCACCAAAUGUCAUCAGCUAAGUCAGGCCUCCUAUACGGAACAACAGCAGGGUUCACAUAGCAACGGUUCGCAUAGUCAUGAAAGCCACAAGACCAUUAGUGCAUUUAGUCCCACAUUUACCAAAUCAAAGUCCACGCCGGGCACUAUAAAGCUGCAAAAAAGUACAACGGCACGAAAGCGUAAAAUUAUAUUAAAAAAAUGUGGCAUAGUAUAGAAACAAGCAACAAAUGCUCAAAGUAAUAAAAACAAAAUACUUAUCAUAUCUCAUUAUUAUUGUAUGAAGUAUAUGAAAGCGGCCAAUAAUACUUAAUUAAAACAAAAUUAUUACUCAUCUCAAAAAUUCAUCAUCAAAAACGAAACAAAAACAUCAAAAAAAACCUACUACAUUGAUUAAUACACACUAGUUUUAAAAAAUUAUUGGAGCAUAAUUAACACCUUCAUCAUACGAAUACUUACGCUACUCCUAAUGAUUUUGUAGAAAUUUUGUGUAAUUAAUUAUAACGUAAAACCAAAAUUCAAAGAGAGUAAUGAGAAAGAGUAAAAUUUAAAACAAAAAAAAAACAAAACAAACGGUAUGUGAAAUUUUAGAUAAAACAAAAAAUAAUUUAAUUACUUAUAUUUAUCAUUUUUCUUCUUUUUUUCUUUUCUUUUACACAUAUCUGCAGCUUAAUUAAUACAAGUGCGUCGUAACUCGCAAGCCACAAACCGGCUCCCUUUUCCCUGUUGCCCAUUAACGAAAAAAUUUUAAAUACUCGUAAAGACGGUUUUGUUUGGAGACUGAUACCAUUUAUAAAUGUUACUAAAACUAUUUAAUUCUACUAAAAGCUCUACUUAUACUAUUUACUACUAAUUUCCUUAAAUGUAUAGACAACUUCACUUUAAAUUAAAUUUUUAUUUUGUGCAAUUUCUUAAAUUGUUGUUACUAUAUAAAUGCAACAAACAAUUAAAUAUACAUAUAUCUAAUAUUAUGGUAAAACUAUAAAUUUAUAGUUGCAUAAAAGCAUAUGUAAUCUAAAAAAAUAGAAAAUAAGUUACAUUUUUAUUUAAAAUCGAAAAUAAAUGUAUUACAACAACGAAAAAAUUAUUUAAAAAUUACAAACAAA